AUGACCAUGCAUUUAUCUUCCACACUUUCAGCGAUUUUCCUACUAUUUACGUUCCUUUGAUUCGAAAGAUCAUUUACCAAGUUCACUUUAUAUUACGUUAUUUACAUUAUUUACGUAUUCGAGAGAUCAGCGUCCAACAAGCCAAGCUUCUCAGCCGGUCUCUCUUUUCAUUUCACCCCUUUCUUUUUUUAAUAUACACAAGAAUACUCAUGCUUUUAAGAAUGUUAAGUUUUAUGAAAUGAUGAUAUAAGUAUCGUAUUUUGUUCGUAUAAUUUACAUUACCCAAUUUUAGCAAAUGUAAGGUCGUUACUUUUGUUCAUUUUUGUAAUUGUAUUUAUGUAUUUGUAUUUAUGUAUUUAUGACUUGUAUUUGAAAAAUGGAAAGAAAAGACAUGAAAUAAAUCAAUAAAUCUUAUCUAAUCUAAUUAAUAAGGUAAAUUUACCAGGCGACUUGUACACUUGUCACACUAGAGUCGAAAUGAGCCUCAAUCGGAGUCAGGUUUAAAAUCUGUGCUGCGUAUUUGGAUAUUCGAGGGGCAUUCAAAAAAUUCUGACUGUUUUAUGUUUGCAUUCGGAAUAUUCGGGCCAGUUCUUGUGGGCGCUCAAAACGAUUAGGUCAUGUUCGAAAUUGUUUAGGUGCGUUCGAAGUGGAAAGAAUAUCGAAUGGUGUUCAAAGUACAUUCUUACUGCAUUCUGAAUGCAUUCUAUGUAUUUUUUUUUCUAAAACUUUACCAGUUUGUGGUCGAACAAUAGUCAUUUAAUUCCGGCUGAUUCUGCUUGAUUCGGAACAAGUGCGAUGGGGGCUUUAUUUGAACAGGGUAAGGUAAACAGUCCAGUUCUUGAUUUGAACCCGGGGGGGGGGGGCACUUACAUUGACGAGUGGAUACCAUGCGCGACCAAAAAAAACACGUAAAAAGGAUGUCUUUUUCAACAUAGGGCACGUUACGUACGUAACGUAAUAAGGGUGUCAAAAACACUAAAAUAAUGAAAAAAGGAUAUCUAUUUCGCUAGGAAAGCUACGUGUUUAGGGUCAUAUUUGCGAGGGUAAAGACUAAAAUAUAAAAUAUGUACUUUAUGCCCCAACACUAGUCCAACACUACGUGUUUAGAGUCCCGAUUUGCAUGAGGGGUGGGAGGUGGGGCCGUACUAAGACCAAUGAUGUAGGUAAAGGUAAAACCAACGUCCGUGACAUAAGAAUAUCGCUGUACUUGUUUAGGGGUUCAAUUCAGGGAAUACUUACCAAGGGUAUCGGUUUGUUUCCAAUACUUGUUAAGGGUAGGGUUUCACACGCCAAUACUUGUUAAGGGGUGCAUUUUCAGAAUAUGGAAAAUACGUGUUUAGGGUGCUUUUCGAGACCCCAUGGUCGCGCAUGGUAUCCUCUCAUCAAUGGAAGUGGCGCCUCCGGGGAUUUGAACAGGGUUAAAGUAAUAUAAACCUUUCACAUCGAACGAGUAUCCUGGCUACACGUACAAUCAUAUAAAUAAGGGACGGUGGGUUUCUACCUUUUGACAAAAGGAGCAUAGAUCCGUGAAAACUGAAAACCAGUCCAUGGAGAAGAAUACAAUUUCGUCUCCGAGAACACCCCUGGUGGCUGUUUCUUAAAGCUGUUCGUAAAGUUACGCAUGACUUUACGCAUGAGUGGAACAUGUUCUUAGGUCAUAAAUCCAUUGCAUAGAGAUAUCACAUAGCCCAAGAAAGGAUCACCAGUCGUGCGUAAAGUCAUUCGUAUCUUACGAACAGCUUUAUGAAACACCCACCUGGGCCUGAAAGAGCUGCAAACCAUAAACAUUUUCCGUAUACAAUAGAUAUUCAAGUUGCAACGCACCAGUUGCGGCCGUUUCCACGUUGGUAGCCGAACAAUCUUAUUUCAUACUACAGUAUUGGGAUGAUACGUCAUGCGUCAGGCAAAUAGACCAGUACGUCUGAGCUCUUCAUCCAACUAUUCCAGAUAGGUUGUGAAUUGUGUCAAGAUGAUGGAGAGUGUGUCAUCUAAAUGGAUUUCUGUAUUCUUUACUAUGUCAUUUAUCCAGAUUGGUUUUGGACAUAAGAUAUUAAUGAAUGCCAUCCUCGGUGAGGGAAGCCAUUUUUUAUGUGCAGCCUCUGUUGGAGAACGUCUUGUUGAGCAGGGUCAUAAUGUAACGUUUCUUAUCAGCAAUGCCUACGCCCACAGGGCCACUGAUCCCAAAUUCUCGCAACUAUUUGAAUUUGUAAUAUUUCGUCAUCCUAUCCCGGUGCAGAAAGUUCAUGAACAAUUCAAUGCUUUUAAUGAACGUGCUUUCAUGCCUGCUUCUGCCCAGAUCUGGACCCUAGCCGAGGUGAUGAGAGACGGUAGAGCUAAUGAUUGCGACGCCUUACUCUCUGAUCUUAAUAUCAUGGAUCAUUUUCAAAGUGCUAAUUACAGUGUAAUAAUCUCAGACAUCAGUUGGCUGUGCCCUCUAAUUAUUGCUAAACGGUUUAAUAUACCUCAUAUAGCUUUGUCAGCUGUAUCUUCACCAUGUAUGGUAACCGCGUUAGUUGGAUCUGAUAAUUCCCCAGCCUACGUUCCACAAAUAUUUAGUGGUCUUUCUAAUAAACUGAACUUUAAGGAACGUGUCCAGAACUCGAUUGCACAAUUAUUCAUCAUACUUUUUGGAAUGUACUUUCGCCGACCAUACGAUGAAAUUAAAGUAAAACAUAACAUCAUAUCAGAUACUUCCAUCGAGCAGCUUUUUGCUCAGAGUGAAUUGUUUUUGGUAAAUAGUGAUUUUGCGGUGGAAUUUCCAUGCGCCAUACCUCCUAAUGUUAUUCCUGUAGGGGGUCUAACAACAAGACCAUCAAAUGCACUUCCGGAAGAACUUGAAAAUUUCAUGCAAAGCUCUGGAGAGAACGGUGUCAUCGUGUGCACCAUGGGCACCUAUUUCACUUCAGUUCCUAUUCAAGUCAUCAAAGAUUUCAUCAAUGCUUUCGCACGUCUUCCCCAAAAGGUAAUUUUCCAAUUACAAGGCACCCCGACUGGUUUUAACCUUCCUCCCAACGUGAAGACGUUGCCAUGGUUACCGCAAAAUGACCUCUUGGGUCAUGAAAAGACCCGUGCUUUUUUAUACCAAGGAGGAAAUAAUGGUUUUUAUGAAGCACUUUACCACGGUGUACCAAUUGUUGUUAUACCUAUCCAUGGUGAUCAGUACGACACAGGUGCUAAGGUUAGUGCUCAUCGAAUCGGCAUCACCAUCGAUAAACUCACACUAACAGAAAAUAAAAUACAUGAUGCACUUCAUGACGUCAUCACCAAUGAAACCUUUCAGAGGAACAUGGACAGAUUAUCAGGCAUGUUUCUUGAUCGACCAAUGCUUCCUUCUCAGAAGGCAGCCUUCUGGGUGGAUCAUAUCAUCAAACAUGGUGGAGCGCAGUAUCAAGUACCUAUUGUUAACCUAAAUUUUAUUGAACGAAACCUUGUAGAUGUAUCAAUUUUCUUCAUUGCUUGCCUCGCUGUUUUAUCAGUUUUCCUGAUAUUAAUAGGAAGGACUUGCUAUAGAGUUAUCAUAAAUGUCAUACAUACGAUGUCAAAAGUAAAAGCGGACUAAAUUAUAAUAUAUAUGCUUAUAUUUUUUUUAUUUCUCUGCAAACAUUCUUACAAAACAGUAAUUUUAUGUAUAUAAAAAUGUUUAUAACAAAAUCAAUACAACUUUAAGUGCCUUUGAAGUGUCAAAUCACUACCAACGAACAUUAGGUGGGAAAUAACAGCUCCUUCGUUAUAUUCAGGAUUUCAAAACAGUAAUUUCCUACUGAUCAAAAUGCGUAAUUUAUGUGAAUAUAAUUCAGGGAGUAGAAUAUUUUGCAUUUAAGUGCCUUUUCAAUAGCAUGAAAAUGCACUAGGUAUGGAAUGUCAGUCGAUAUUCAUUUAUAUCACUGUUUACCUCUAGACAUUCAAUGAAUAUAGUCUCAAAUGUGAUAUCUAUAGACGUAUUAUAUUACAUCUUCGUAACAUUCUACUGAAGACUAAAAAUUAAACUUUAUCAAACAAAUAUAUUCAAGAUGAAGUUUCUCUUAUAGGUAGCUAGAAACCGGAACCAUGUUUUUAGAUGAACUAUUCUUGGGAUCCAGUCUGCACGUAUAUUUCUUGGUUCUGCUACAAAACAUCUCACAAUCUUUUCGAUGAAAUUACAAAUGUACAUAAAUCAACCGUUUAGUCAACAAGCCCAUGUAUAAACAUGCAUUUACCGGUAUUAAAGUCCCCUCAUAAUCUCCAGGACGUAUAUUUGCAGAUGACUAAGUCUUAUAAAACAGUAUUAAAACGCUUACGUAAGUUACAUGUUUAAGUCUGAGUAAAAAUUGCUACAUUACUAUUUUGCAAAUUGUCCGCAUUGAACAAGCUUCAAUUACAAUAAUAUCAAAACGGCAUUUAGGAAUCAACUAAAAUGGUAGUUCAGUUAAUGUCAAUACAUCUAAAAGACGCCGAUUGGAGGUAAAUACAAUGGUGUCAGAUAAUUGCCAAAGAAUUUCCUCUUUUUCUCUCUUUGACAGUAAGUGCAGAUUGAAUUAUGCUGAUUAUAUUACUUCAAUUUCUAUAAAAUUUAUCUGUAGCUUGUGAAAAUCCCUUGCAUAACAAUAAUCAGCAUUUUCAAUUGAUAACUGUAAACUGUAAACAACAUACACUAUACUGACGGACCCUACGGUAACUAUAUAUUCUAUACUUCGUUACAUAUUGACUUACCAUUACCUUGCAUGUAUAAUUUGUUAUUAUUUAUGGACUAUAAUUACUAAUCUCCGUUAUGUAUUGCAUUAUAUUGUAUUUACCAUUGUUAUUAGUAGGCCUAUAUUUUGUAUUUUAUAUAUUGGUUUAGAUCCUGAUGAAGGGCAUGUUCCCGAAAGCUUGAUGAAGACAGGUAUUGACCUUGCUACGGCCCUCUCCAUACACUCGAAUAUAUAUAUCUAUAUAUAUAAACUUUUAUAUUCUCUAGCUCUCCGGAACACCUCAAUUUAUUAGUGACAGAAUGUGACAAAAUAUCCUACAUAGUUUCAAAUCAGUUAAAUAAAUUUAUUUAACACAAAAA